AUGCCCGCUCGAGUAGCCUGCCGAGGAGUGGGGACAAGGGGAAGGCUAAACUUGGGGCUCAGGAUAUUUGCAUGCGGCGGAAAUCGCAGUCCUCCCCAGCGGAGUCAGGGUGAGAGGAGCGGGCGGCAGCCGGGGCCGCGGCAGCAGCAGCAGCAGCAGCAGCGGCAGCAGCAGCGGCAGCAAGAGCCCGGAGGGGCGCGCCUGACUCCCGCCGCCCGGGGCCCCCGUGGAGAGGCCCGCGCCCCGCAGCUGCCGCCCCGCCGCGCCCACCGCCCCGCGGCUCCGGCGCACAAAGGCGGCGGCAGCCGGCGUGGCCUUGUCCAUCCAGGCGUUCGAACCCCGCUCCCUCCGUUCUCCUCUCCCGGAGACGCGAAUGGCCGGGCCGGGCGAGGACCUGGGACGCCGGGGGCCCUAGCUCCGCACCCCCACCCUCCCGCUGGGAGAGGCAGCGGGCUGCUGGCUGACGAUGUGGUCGCGGCUGCUCCCCAGUGCGUCUCCGGCCCGGGUCCCAGCUGCCGCCCCUCUUCGCUGCUCGCUCCAUCCCGCGGAGAGGAGUUGAUGCUGCUGUCGCCGCCGCCGCCGAAGCCGGGGCUGAUGGAUGCCAGGGAGUGCCGCAUUGCUUAGCGUCCCCGCCUCCGGGUUUGCUGACGCUCUCUCCCCGCCCUGGAGCUCAGCGCUGAAGAGCCACCUUAUUAUUAAUCAGAAUUCCCAUCGUUAUCCCUGGCAGGCGCAUCCUUCAGUAGGGACCGCAGAAGCAUCACAGAGCUGGGGCUGAGAUGUGCGUGG